AUGCAGGCGAAAUUGGCCUUGGCUACGGCCCUUCUCGCGGCCUCGUCGGUCGCCGCAUUCCCAAACCGACCACGAAUGCACUACCCUCGACAAGUCAAGCGACAAGUCUUCAACAAUGGGACCAAUCCUGUCGAUUCCACUGCCACGGAUACUGUGACUCUGCCGAAUCUCAUUGCCCCAACAACAGACGCCUCUACCGGCAUUACCAUCGCACCAACCGGUAUUGUGGGAACUUCCAGUGAUGCUGCCGCCACGAGCACGCGGCAUAACGGCCUGGAUGAUUUGUUGAGCUCACUGAGUUCAGUGCUCAACUCUUCGUCUUCCAGUGAGGAUGCGUCAGCAACACAACCCGCAACCGACUCGUCCGCGGCGGCAACCACAACGGCAGCAGCGACUACGAGUGCAGCUGCAACCACAAACCCUGACCCCACGACGACCGUAGCAGGGACGACGACCUCGGAGGCUCAGUCAUCAGACCCUGCUGCUACCACUUCGGCCGCGCAGACAUCGGAGCCUGCUGCUACCACUUCCGCGGCCCAGACAUCGGAGCCUGCUGCUACCACUUCGGCCGCGCAGACAUCGGAGCCUGCUCAAACCACUUCCGCGGCCCAGACAUCAGAGCCUGCUGCUACCUCUUCAUCAGGCAACGGACUUUCGUCGCUGAUCUCGGACAUUGUGAACCCUACUACCUCCGAGCCUGCUCGAACCACUUCUGCAGCGCAGACAUCGGAGCCUGCUCAAACUACUUCGGCCGCGCAGACAUCGGAGCCUGCUCAAACUACUUCCGCAGCGCAGACAUCGGAGCCUCCCGCUCCCACCACCUCGGCCGCUCAGACAUCGGAACCUGCUCAAACCACUUCCGCGGCCCAGACAUCGGAGCCUCCUGCUACUUCGUCAUCAGGCAACGGACUUUCGUCGCUUAUCUCGGACAUUGUGAACCCUACCACCUCCGAGCCUGCUCAAACCACUUCCGCAGGGCAGCAAACAUCUGAUGUUGUUCCUACUACUUCCGCAGGACAGCAGACGUCCGAUGUGGUGACCAGUCAACCAGUGCCAACUUCUUCUUCGGGAAAUAUCAUCUCUGAUAUUCUCUCUACGCUCUCAUCAAUUCCCAGUCUUUCGGAUGUGAUCCCUACCACGUCUGACAUUAUUCCGACGACUCUGCCUACCUCCACAGACAUCCUGCCCACCGGUACGGAUACAACUGCUAUUCCUACUGGAACCAGCCUGGGCCCAUCAGGUACUGACACGAGCCUGCCCACAUCUGGUACUGGAACGAGCUUGCCUCCCACUGGAACUGAUACCAGUCUGCCUCCCACUGGAACUGACACCAGCGUUCCUCCCACUGGAACUGACACUAGCGUUCCUCCCACGGGAACUGACACCAGCCUUCCUCCUACUGGAACUGGUACCAGCCUGCCUCCUACGGGAACUGAUACCAGCCUUCCUCCUACCGGAACUGGUACCAGCCUGCCUCCCACUGGAACUGAUACCAGCCUUCCUCCCACUGGAACUGGUACCAGCCUGCCUCCUACCGGAACCGAUACCAGCCUGCCUCCCACUGGAACUGAUACCAGCGCUCCCCCAACUGGCACUGUUACGUCCGGUUCCGCUUCUGGCACUGCAUCUGGUUCUCAGACUCAACCCACCGCCACAGGAAGCGAGCCCUCUGAUUCCGGUACCCAGACGCGUCCAACUGGGACUGGAGACCAAUCUGCAACGGCCACAUCUGGUGUUGUCACAUCUGGUGUGCAAAGCCAGACGGAUGUUCCUACUUCUGUUGCAACCGGCGCUCCUACUAGUGAGAGACCACCCGUUACUAGCAUCAGGCCUACCGAGACUGCUUCCAAGUCGGAUGACUGGCUUCCAACAACCAUCGUCGGCGACCCAACUUCGUUCUCAUUCUCGGCUCCCUCCGUCAUUCCCACCGGCACCUCCAGCGGCAGUGCAUUCCCUACCAACCUUCCUGCUGUUCUUCUCCCUGAUCAACAGAAGCCUCAGCCUGAUGGAACGAAACUGAUCGAGAUUGGUUUCUUGUAUGCUCUUAACUAUGAGCACGUGGCCAAGAACACUGUUGCUGCUGCCCAGAUCUUCUCUUAUCUUCCCCGAGCUCUGUCCAAUGCUGGUGGAUUUGAUAUUGACAAGAUGCAAAUUACGAGGCUGGAGCCCCUUGACACUCUUGCGAAGUACGGAUACUGGACUACGAUCGCCAAGUUCUACUACCCUGAGAAUCUGCUCGAGAAGCUUCAGGCUGAUAUAUUUGCGCUUUAUGGUGCUGCCAUGUUCAUUGUCGCCCGCCGUUACAAGCGCAAGAGACAAUCCUCGUCUCACCACCGAUCUAGCUCUGUCACUGGCAGCGACAGGUCCUCAGAGAUGCAGUAUGCUGGCAACGGCAGCCCCGCCCUCAUGGGUGGUGCGCUCUUGAGCCGGGACAUGUCGAGUUAUGGUGGGGCAAUAGGCGGUGGUCGAGAGAGCCACGGCAGUGGUCGCAGUGGAAUGGGCAACUCGGCCCGCACUGCCAACAUCUCAGCCCCAGUUGCUGCAGAGAACUCACUCGGCUGGCGCUGA